GAACCAAAAAUGUGUUUGUUUUUUGAAACGUGCUAAAUUACUAUUUUCAUACAAACAAACUUUUUGAAUAUCUUGAAUAAAGCAUGACGUAUUCUGUAACUCAAGAUAACUGCAUACAACUCGUGAUAGAUCUAGAAGCUUUAUUAAAACCGAUAAAUGUAAAUUAGUAUUUUGAGUUUGAUAAUAUGACCAGGAGUAGAAUCGACUACAAAAAAUUAUGUGUAAGACCGUAUAAAGAUGGUUUUAUUUACCCAAAAACAAUUCCAAAGGAAAGAGGACCAUUGACCACUUAUAUUAGUAUUUGUUUGUGCAUCAUUUUAUUUAUCUAUGACGUUUUAUCUAGUAAAAUAUUAUUUAAAGUUAGAUUAAUGGAAUAUAUUUUAUAUGUAUUUUUUUAUUUCUUUCUUCAAAUAUUUUAUCGGACGAUAUUAGUUUUUGAGGAAUGUCGUCAUUUGAAAUCACGAUAUGAAGGUAGUUGGUUUAUAUUGUUGAGGGAUGCUUUCCAUGUUGAAUAUUAUCAAUACUUACUGAUUCCAAGUAUUGUUUAUGCUGUAUAUUAUUGGUCUACUGAUGGAAUACACGGUAUAUCAGUUUCCUGUAUUCCCGUUGUUGUCAUUUUCCUGCUCGGAAAAAUUCUAAUACUGGAUUCUAGCCCUUUAAACGACUCCUUGUGGGUCGCCGAAAAUAAUGGUUUAGAUUAUGGUUCAGGUAUGGCAUAUUCGUUCUUUCAUGGUUAUUUGAAUUUAGUGCUGCCCAAAUCGGGCGGAGAAGAAAAACACCUCAAAGAACUCAUGCAAGAUUACGAAGAUAAAAACCAUAUAAGAUUCGCCGAAUAUAAAUUAUUCAUAUUGAUACCGAAAUCGAUGAGGUGUUUUGUUAGUUUGAAAAAUGAUUAUUCUCCAUCGAUAGAAGAAAGCACGUCAUUGGAUCCAAAAAUAAUAACAGUGGCGGGUGUACAGAACCGGGUUUAUAAAAAUGCUGUUUAUAAAAUUGUGUCUGGUGGAGUUGGUAGCAAAAAAACUUACAUUUACGUCAGCGCCGAAUAUGCAACUCCAUUGAAAACAUUCAAAGAUGUAUUCGACUCGAGGGGUAUACAUUCAGAAUAUUAUAAUAAACACAAAAAGGACAUUAUUUUGCAAUUUUACUUGACUUUGGGUAAAGUAUUGAAGGAGAAAGGUUUAAGUGAGGCUUGCGAAUUGAUAUAUUACGAAGGUAGGAAUGAAUUUUUUUCUGUGGUUAUUUUUUGGAAAAAAAAAUCGACGCACGCUACCGGUCAAAAGUUCGUAUAUGAAAUAUUUUCGUUUUCGCAAAUUCAGUUUUUUAAGUUUUAAAAUUGGUGAAAUUAUUUAGUUCCCACUUUUUAGAUUGUUACCAGAAAGAUGGCACCACUUAUUAUUAUGACGUAGGAGAAAUAAUUCAAGAGAGAUUAAAAUCAUUGAAGGAACUAAAAAAAAAAUUAAUUUAGGUUAUGUGAUAGUUACCAGAUUCGUUUUGUAAAAAAAGUUAUUGGGUGGGGAGAAAAGUGAAAGUGCCUAUUCAACAAACUGAUUUUUUAAAAAUAUUGUUUUCCAAUUUGAUUUCGUAUUAAUUGUCGAAACGUAGUGUAUAAAAUUUCUUGAAGUAUUUUGAGAUAAAAAUUGAUUGCGUCGGCAACACUGCGAGUAUGGAACACGGGCAUUUGGCCGCGUGUAUGGAUCGUUCUACUUUGACGUCAUGAUGAUCCAAUCAGAAUGUUGUACCAUAUAUGAUACCGGUAUUCGUUUUCUAUCUCUAUUAGUAAUUCGAACCGCUCUCUCUAUCGUUAAUAUUAAUUCUGUGAUGAAUUUGAUGAAAUGACAUAGCGAUGUUGUCACGUAUCUUUACGUGAAUUUCUUAAACAUUUUUCGAAAAUAUUUAUUUAAAAUACGAUGAACAUUUUGAUACAUUUCGUGACAGGGGCUAUUCGAAAUGUACAUUUAUUGACAAAUAUUUUUUUAAAAAUAAAAAAAAAAUUAGUAUUUCACGUUUUUAGAUUUGUACAAGGGGUUUAUAUUAUAUAAAUAUUCUGUUUCUGUAUUCUUGUUUUAUUUUCAUAUUUAAAAAAUUUUAUUGUAUCUACCCGUAACACGAAACUAAAUAAAAUAUUUUGAGAUUUCUAAA